AUGGCCGAAAGUUUCACGGGAAAACGAUAUCAGUGUGAAACAUGUGCUCCACUUGUUAGCUUCGAUCUCUGUGAGACGUGUAUUCACGUAGCUCCGGGUGUUCAUCCUUAUACACACCAUUUUAAGUUCGUUCCAAAUUCAGUGGAAAUAGCGGCGAAUCGACUACUGUUAGCUAUACGCGCCAUUCGAUUACUCGAUGUGAACGGCGGUGAAAGAGACAUGGAAACAGGUUGGACAAGAGCUGAUGCAGAACUGGUCAAACAAUUAGCAGAAAAUGAAAUAAAAGUGGUUGUAUAUGCAGUAGAAACAGUUCGAGCAACAACGACUAGCUAUAACAAUACCACACUGAAAUUUCCACGACAACGACUUGAAGCCGAGGAGCAAGCGAAAAAACGAGAGGAAGAAGACGAGCGACGCAAAGAAGAAGAAAAAGAAGAGAAAGAAAGACGAAAUCAAGAACAAAGAAAGAAGAGAAGCCUGGAGAAUAAAUACUGGAAUGAUAAGUAUUGGAACGAUAAACAAGGAAGUAGACGACAACAACAACGCCAACAGGAAAGCGCUGCUGAACAACGUCGCCAAGACCAACGAUGUGCUGAUGAGCGAGCGGCUGAGCAACGCCUCGAAGACCAACGGCGUGCUGAUGAACGAAAUCGUCGCUAG